AUGGGAGCAGCGGAGUCCCGAUGGGGCUUUCGGGUGGCCGGAGGACUGAGUAGACCUAGGGCGCUCUACGCGGACGACCCUGGCGGAGCGCGGGGAACUGCCAGACUCUUCCAAGUGACUGCAUCAUUUCACAUUCCCACUAAAGGAAACUUCAUGGUGUUAUGGUCCACUUGCCGCACAGCCGUGUUCAAAUCUGUCACCAACAGGUUCAUUAAAAACCUGGCCUGCUCGGGGAUCUUCGCCAGCCUGGUCUGUGUGCCCUUCGACAUCAUCCUCAGCACCAGUCCUCACUGUUGCUGGUGGAUCUACACCAUGCUCUUCUGCAAAGUUGUCAAGUUUUUGCACAAAGUCUUCUGCUCUGUGACUAUCCUCAGCUUCCCCGCCAUUGCUCUGGACAGGUACUACUCAGUCCUCUAUCCACUGGAGAGAAAAAUAUCUGAUGCCAAGUCCCGGGAACUCGUGGUAUACAUCUGGGCCCAUGCAGUGGUGGCCAGUGUCCCUGUGUUUGCAGUGACUAACGUAGCUGACAUCUAUGCCAUGUCCACCUGCACAGAAGUCUGGAGCAACUCCUUGGGCCACCUGGUGUAUGUCCUGGUCUAUAAUAUCACCACGGUCAUUGUGCCUGUUGCUGUGGUGUUUCUUUUCCUGAUCCUGAUCCGCCGGGCCCUAAGUGCCAGCCAGAAGAAGAAGGUCAUCAUUGCGGCUCUUCGGACCCCACAGAACACUAUCUCUAUCCCCUAUGCCUCCCAGCGAGAGGCUGAGCUGCAUGCCACCCUGCUCUCAAUGGUGAUGGUCUUCAUCUUGUGUAGCGUGCCCUAUGCCACCCUGGUCGUCUACCAGACUGUACUCAAUGUCCCCGACACCUCCGUCUUCUUGCUGCUCACUGCCAUUUGGCUGCCCAAGGUCUCUCUGUUGGCAAACCCUGUGCUCUUUCUAACUGUGAACAAAUCUGUCCGCAAAUGUUUGAUAGGGACUCUGGUGCAGCUGCAUCAUCGGUACAGUCGGCGUAAUGUGGUUAGCACAGGGAGUGCGAUGCCCGAUACCAGCCUUGAGCCCAGCGUGCGCUCAGGCAGCCAGCUCCUGGAGAUGUUCCACAUUGGUCAGCAGCAGAUCUUCAAGCCCACAGAGGAUGAGGAAGAAAAUGAAGCGAAGUACCUUGGCUCAGCUGACUUCCAGGCCAAGGAGGUAGUUACCACUUGCUUGGAGGGAGAGCAGGUGGCCCCUCCUGUACCACCCCUGGGCACAGUGGACUCUACAUCCCAGGUGGCACCAGCAGGCUCUGUGGAGCCUGACACAUUCCCUGAUAAAUACUCCCUGCAGUUUGGCUUUGGACCUUUCGAGCUGCCCCCUCAGUGGCUGUCAGAGACCCGAAACAGCAAGAAGAGGCUGCUUCCGCCCUUGGGCAAUACCCCAGAAGAACUAAUCCAGACAAAGGUGCCCAAGAGCAGGGUGGAGCGAAAGAUAAGCAGAAACAAUAAAGUGAGCAUUUUCCCAAAGGUGGAUUCCUAGCAAGGACUGUAAAUUUCUGAAGCAAUAGGGAGCUUCUGUAUUCCCUGCUCUCCUUCACUGUGGCCAUAUGAUCUAUGUGACCUCAUUGCAACCCACCGUAGGCUGAUUCUUCCUAUAGGGAACAAAUGCUUUUGAGUGAAAGGGAAGUCUAUGUAACAUCAAAUAUCCUCAUUAUUGAGGGGGCAUCUUGGAACAGGUUUUGGGACAGGUGCUCGGUGAGCAUUUUCUGGGGAUUCCUCGGUUCCCUGGGGGUCGUCAGAGACCACACAGAGAGAAGAGACCCGUGAGUUCAGAGGGAGCAGAGAUCCUCUAAGGAAACUCUAAGGGUGUCCAGCUGGUGCACAGUCUGUUGGGAACUAGGGUGCACAGCAGAGGGUGAGUGAAGCUUCAUUGGUAUUUAUACCCCCUGGGCAUUACUACAUGGGCUGUGCCCCCUGGAGUGUGAACCCUAUUGUGAAUCGCACGUGCAAGGGACCUUAAAUUAUCCCAUACCCUGCCUCUCCCACUCCUGUCUGUGGAAAAAGUGUCUUCCACAAAACAGGACCCAAAAGGUUGGGAACCACUGCUGUAAGGGAAGUCCAAGGUAAUUAUGGAGUGGAGUAGCCAAAAAGAAGUUGCCUAUUUGGGUAACAAAUAAAAGAAACAAGAGAACCUUUUACAUUGAGGAGAUAGGGUAAUGGCAUCAGAUAACGUUUCUCUGGAAGUCCCAACCAUUGUGACUUGUAUCCCCCCUGCUACCCUUCAUUCCUCUCCCGGGAAUGUGAGUGAGGAAUGACGAUUUCAUCCUUGUGUGAAAGACAUGGCAGUCGAUGUGCCCUGGGGUAAGGGAGAUUGCUCCUUGACUAUCCUGACGUUCUCUUGGCCUCCCAACAUCCUGGGAAGAGCAUGUGGACCUCCAGGCAUGGUCAGUGUCAGGUGGAAAGCACUGAAGGAAUUCACCGUGGCCUGUUCCUUACACUACGUUCUUUAAACAAACACAAUGUUUAAAGGUGGGGAAGAAAGUCUGAGAAAUACUCAUGGCACUGUGGUCUUCUCCACCUGAUCUCACUUGAAAGGUGCUAUGUGACAAUCUGUACGAGUAAAAUAUAUUGGAAACACCAUUUUGUGGAAAUUUUUAGAAUUAUAAGGUGGUUAGAAAUGCAAAGUUAGCAUGAGCUGGGUCCAUUGGAAACAUCAAGCCAAAUUACCUGCUUAGGAAAGGUGACUCUGUCUAAAAGACUGGCACGAGUCUGAGAGAAUGGCCAGGUGCCCUGAGCUCUUUUUCAGUGUGUGGUACAACUUUGGUUUUCAUAGGCAGAGAUGGACAGAACAAGGAGACAAAAUCUUGUAAACUGCUAAGGCAAAACCCAGCCCAGGUGAGCUCUUCACUUCCUUCUUCCCAAGGAAGUUUCACUAAGAACCAGAGUAUAUGGAGGAGGGAGGGCAGUGUCCUUUGCUCUCUGGUCCCAGGGGACCACACAUGGUUUGAGUCUGCUCUGGAGUUGAUCUCAUGAGGCUGAAUUUAAACCUGACAUUUCAUUCUUAAUGAGGGAAAAUCAAAUGCCAGCCUCUUCUUUUCUGUAGGUCAGUAGUGGCGAAUCUUUAGAGCUUGUAAUGAUAACAAACAGUGCCAUAGGUCUGCUGUCGCUGCUCUAGGGUGUUUUGGUUUUGUUCUUUUAAAUCGUACUUGGAGGAGUCCGUCAGCCCCUGACCAAGCUUGAAAGGAAGUGGGUGUCCUUAUAGGCAGAUUUCCACAUGCCAAAGGCAGUGAUCCUAGCACAUCCCCUCCAUUAGUCACGUUGUCCCUCGUCCUCUGGAGGAAGCUGAGCCCAUAUGUGGGGAGUUUCCAUUUCCUUCUCUUGAGUGUGGUGUCUUGACUCCUGAAUGUGAGCCCAAAGACCCUGGCCCUGGAAAGGGAGCGCCUUCCUCUCUGGGUUUAUUGCCUCACAGUGUUGUUUGCUCACAGCAGAAGCAGGGGACUGGCACCUCUCUUGAGGGCUGGACCCAGAGUGCAUGCCACCUAUUGCUUCUGGCCUCUGUAGUUCAUGCUGUGGCCUUUCAGUCUUAUCUUUCAAAGCUUUCAUAAAUUUUACAACUUUUAUCAAGGAGAAAAACAACCAGAAAAUUCUAUCCAGACUGUCAAAUGUAGCCAUUUGGUGUCGUUCUGACUAUAUAUGCAUACAUUAUAUGUGUGUGUGUGUGUGUGUGUGUAUGCACACACACAUGCAUAUAUGGUCAUAUAUAUGUAUAUACGCAUAACUAAAUAAAUUCUAAUAAAGCGGAACUUGGUUGGCUGUAUUUCUUAUCUUUUCUCUUCCUUCCUUCCUCUUUUCUUUUCUUUCUUUUUGUACCACAGAUUGAACUUGGGACCUUGCGCUCGCAAGGCAGUUGGCAGAACCACUGAACUACCCGGCCUGGUUGGGUAUAUUUCUUAUGUAUGUAUGAAGCAGAAGGUUCACUUCCAGCAGGUUAUUGCCAGAUGUAUUUCUGUACUCUUUGAAGAAUAAUAUUUUAA